AGCCGACCCCAGUCCUCGUUGUGGCGAAGGAAAGGAAAAACGAAUUAACCGCUGCCUUGCAAAACGGUGGCAGGAUGGUCGUUGUCCUAUCCGGCCCACCAGGGUGCGGGAAGAGCUUCCUAUUGCAUACAGUGUGCGACGAGCUCGGCCUGUCUGUGACCGAGUACCGCA